AUGGCGCGACGGUACCAGAUCGAUGAGCUGCUAUGGCUGCGGUCGUCGCCUCUGGUUACAAAGCCUACCAAUUUACCACCGGUAGAAGAAUGGAUGGGCCCAAUCCCCGAUCCAGCUACCCAACGGAAAGCUACAAACACGCGAGACCCCAAUAACCCCCAUGAAUCGACCCCCAGAAGGCCCAGUCUGUUUGAAACUCGUCAUGUGUCCCGGAAUUCCAAUUCAGAGGACAUCAUUCUCGGACCCCCGAAAACUGCUUUUGCUUCGGCAUCUCGUAUACCCGGUAAAGGAUCGAUAGAUGCUACGGAACGAUCGUCAAGGCCUAAUGACCAGGAUGACUCGAAGAACGACCGGUUCAACUUACGGGAGAAGUUCUUCAAGGACCGGGAGUCUGGUGACAGAGAUUUUGACCGACGAGAUGGAAAAUUAGGAACAUUCAACAACAACAACCGGCGUGGGGACAGGGAGGACUGGAACAGUGGACGCCCCCGCCGUACCUUCGGCCCCGAGGAACAGGAUCGAAAGCCGAGACGCAACGGAGAGUUCGAUCGGUGGGAGAACCGCGACCAGCGAGAACCCAACAAUGACCGUGGAGUUAAAGAUAAGGAUGCACGAUUCUUCCCACGGAAGGAUGGCACGCCCGGACGUGCGAGACACGAGGGAAGUUGGUUUCGUGAGGAGAACACUCACGACGCGCCUGAUGCGGAGGGGGAGAAGACUCCGAUACGAAACAGGGAAUGGCGUCGAGAUCGGCACGGUGCAGAUCGUGACUGGACGCGGGGAGCCAAGUUCGAACAGGAUCCCGAGUGGAUGGAUUCGACUGAUCGAGAUGAGCCUCGCCGAGUGCAUACACAAGAAGACUUUGAACGCUGGAAGGAAAGGAUGAAGGCGGGCUCCUCGCAGGUUCAAGCCGAAGAAAAGGAGGUCCCCUUGGAGACGACUCCUGCUCCUGCUCCCGCGCCGAAGCCAGAGCCUAGGCCUACAGAUGGCGAGAUUUUCAGCAGCAAUGGCGCUCCGUUCACGUCCGAUUCGGCCAUGGAGCGGUUCUUUGGAUUGCUUGGGGACUCCAAGCCACCCCAGGCGCCUCCACUACCCCAGGAGAUAAGCGCUCCUCCUCCUCCUCCUCCCAUGAUGGAACCAACAAUGAAGAAAGAGCCACUCCCUGGAAAGCUUGGAAAGUCGUCGCGCUUUGCUGGACUAUUCUCGCCACCACCGGGAAGUCCGGCCAAGGAACCCGAAACUCAUCCAGAGACCAGGUCGUCGCCUUCGAUGAACACCGUCAACACUGAUGCCGAUCAGGAAGGUUUCCAGCGCAUCCUGCAGAUGCUUGGUGGAGGAAAAUCGCGCAACGCGACACCUCACAAUGACCCUGUUGCGUACAACCGGCCUCCCUCGCAGGUACAGGCCGAACAGAUCCGGAGUGCUGUUUCAUCUCCUGCUCGAGAUCAACUCAAGCGGCAGGAGUACUUCGCCAUGCAAGAGACAGUUGCUCGUGGCCCUGGUCCUAACCCUUAUGUCCAGGAGACACAUGCUCGAGACCGGGAACAUCUACUGCGACUGAUGCAGCAGGUCCGUGUUAGUCCCGUUGCCAACCAGGGUGCCCAGAGCCAGCCCCAAAGUGCUGGUCCUGUCGGCCCGGCCCCCGGUUUGUUGAGCAUGCCGGAAGUGCUUUCUCCCCCUCCAGGCAUCCCGACCCCGCAAAAGGGCCCCAACUUCUUGGAUGACCCUGCGAUAGCAAACAUGCAGAGACCCGAUGCUGAGCAUCUUCGUCGUCGGCCCGCAAAUGGGCCCCCCAUGGGAUAUUUCGAAGAUAUGCCGUUCCCCCAGGGCGGACAACUUCCUAUGACGCCCGGCGGAAGCAGAGCUCCCCAGGCUCAAGGCCAUCCUGCCAUGGGCAUGCAGAGACCUCCAGGCUUCGAGCAUUUGCCUCCUCCUGGAUGGCCAGGACCUCAGAUGCCCCCGCAGCAAGCUGCUGGACCCGCGCCUUUGGCACCUCCUCCGGGUAUUCCGACACCUACACGCGGCGUUAACCCAAGUUACAUGUCGAACAUGAUGCCCAUGCAUGCGAAUGCACCACCCCUCAACGAGCGUGAACCAUUCCCGCGUCCUCCCCCUCCAGGCAUGAUGCCUCCUCCCGGAUACAUGAACGGACCCCCGCCAGCCGGUUUCCCACCCAUGCCGCCCAACGGUGAUGCUCUCAUGGGGCUUCCCCACCGUGGCCAAGGUCCUUUUGAGGGCAACCCUGGACCUCAAGUGCCUCCCCCCGCUUCCAGGCACCUGUUGGAUAUGUUCGGCCAAGUUGGCGGCGAGGCCCCGCGCGGCAUGCUCGGGCCUGGACAGUUCCGGUAG